AUGAGACAUCCACAAAAACUAGCAGUUGAACUAGAUGAACAAUCGUUAACAUAUUGUGAACUUCUAUAUUAUGUACAAAUACUAUCUUUAACUCUUCUUAAUGAAUGUUUUAUUGCUCCAGGUGAAAUAAUUUGUCAAUGUGUCGAGCGAAGUGUGUCAAUGGUGAUUGGUAUAAUGGGAAUCGAAAUGGCUGGUGGUGUUUAUUGUCCAUUGUCACCGCGGGAUCCACAACAUCGUUUGUAUGCACUCACACAACAAACACAAAGUCGUCUUGUUCUUGUCCAUCAUUUAACAAGGAUCAAAUUCGGUCAUGAUAUUGUCUCACAGGAUAUUGAUUCAAUAUUAAAUAUUAAUUAUAUGAAUAUUGAUAGGAAUAAUGGUUGCCUUUCAAGUGUGAUAGUGAAAGGUGAAGAUAUAGCUUACAUUAUUUUCACUAGUGGGUCAACUGGUACACCUAAAGCAGCUCAGACCAGGCAUCGGAACUUCACAAAUUUCGUGCAUUCUAUACAAAAUGCUGGUGUAAUAAACGAGCAAGACACAGUGUCUCAAAUAUGUGCACCGACAUAUGAUGUACAUGUCAUGGAAAUCAUGGGUAGUUUACUUCUGUGCGCGACUGUUGUAAUGUUACAUCCAUAUGGCAAUAUGGAUUUUGAAUAUUUUGCUCACACACUGCAACAUAAACAGAUUACAUGUCUUGCACCUGUUCCAACUUUCUUAAAUCAUUUAUGUGAUUUUCUUGCACAUUCCAAUCGCUAUGCGUUGUCAUCUGUGCGAUCACUUUGCAUUGGUGGUGAGCCAUUUUCACUACAACUCGUUCACCGCCUCAGAAGUCAUAUUAAAAGUGAGUUUUACAUGCACAACAUAUACGCACCGGCUGAAUGUACCAUUGUGUCGAUAUGUCAUCGCAUUGACCCCGUAUCUAUUGAGAACAACAUUCCUCUUGGUAGUGUUCUGGUUAAUGAACAAUACAAGGUUCUAGAUAUUUUAUUGCAACCCGGAGCGAUCGGAGAAGAAGACGAGUUGCUUAUAGGUGGCGAGGGUGUGUUUGCUGGUUAUCUUGGAGGUGAUGAUUUAACUGCAAAAGCUCUCGUUGAAAUUGAUGGUCAACUAUUUUAUCGAACAGGUGAUCUUGUUAGAAUGGAUAACAAUGGUCUUCUUCAUUAUCAAGGAAGAAAAGAUCAUCAAAUCAAAUUACAUGGACAAAGAAUUGAACUUGGUGAAAUCGAACGAUGUUUACUUAACAUUACAUCCAUCUCUGCUUGUGUUGUUAUGAAAUGGAAUGAUGAUUAUUUAGUUGCUUAUGUUCAAUCUUCUGAUGUGAAUGAAGAAGAACUACGUCAACAUUCUCAAUCUCAUCUUCCACCACAUAUGAUUCCAUCUCUCUUUGUUAUACUUGAUAAAUUACCAUUGAAUGCAAAUGGUAAAAUAGACCGAAAACUUCUUCCUCCACCUAGUUUUUCACCAAUACAUCUCACAAAUCAUGAUAAAUUAUUACUACCAACAAACCAUAUUGAAAUUAGUAUUUAUCAUAUUUGGUGUGACAUAUUCAAACAAAAUCAAAUCUCAACUGAUACAAAUAUAUUUACUAUUGGUGGUCAUUCACUACUGAUGAUGCAACUUUUUCAUCGAUACAAGAUUGAAUUUCAUUUAGGACAAAAUCUAAAUGCUCUUUCCAUUUCUGAUCUUUUUCAACAUCCUACAAUUGUUGGUCAUGCUCAACUCAUUUAUCAAACUAAGAAUACGACAGAGAGUAACAAUGACUAUCAUUGGUCUUCAUUACAUAUCAUGAAAGCUAAAGCAUCGUUUGCACAAGAACGUAUAUUCUUAGAUGAACGAAUUCGUUUCUCAUCGACAAAUAAUAACACUAACAAUAUGUAUGUUAUUCCAUUGGUUUAUCAGAUUGCAUCUAUCAAUGAUCAUAUAUCUAUUUCACGAUUACAACAUGCAUUUCAAUCUAUCAUUACAAAACAUGAAAUUCUUCGAACAGCACUCUAUCUUGACACAAGUGCUACUAUUAUACAAGGUUGUUUAGAUACAAAUGCUAUUAUCAAUGAUAAGAAAUCAUCUAGAUUUUCGAUGAUUACUCUUCCUGAUGAAAAACAUGAACAGAAUGAAAUUGUAAAGAAGAUUUUAAAUCAAUCAAAUUUAUUUGAUUUAUCAAUGGGACAUGUUAUUAAUUGCCAUAUUCUUCGUCGUGAUCAAUCAAAUCAUUCACUCACUCAGAGUAGUGAUGAUCUAAUGAUCAAAGAUGAUUUAAUAUUAUUUACUAUUCAUCAUGCUUGUUUUGAUGGAGCAUCAGUAUCAAUCUUCAUUCGUGAUCUUUCUCUUGCUUAUCAAUCUAAUGAGUUGCUUCCUAUAGAUGACAAUUCAUUACAAUAUAUUGACUAUUCUAUUCAUGAACACAUAAUGGAUAUGACAUCGUCUCAAGAAUUUUGGUUAUUAGAACUCAAAGGAUAUAAUCUCACAGGCCAAUUAUCAUUACCCGUUGAUCGACAACGUUUAUUAACUGAUCAACGAUCAGGUUUAGCUUCUUCAGCUCAACUCACUUUUGAUGAUGAAAUAUGCACAUCAUUUCUAAACUAUGCAUCAUCACAUUAUCUCACACUCUUUCAACUUGGAUUAUCUGUAUUUUAUGUCUUCCUAUUCAAAUUAACGCAUGGUGAGAGUGAUUUAUGUAUAUCUUCUAUCAAUGCAAAUCGAUAUCGAAGUGAAUUAGUGAAUAUGAUAGGAAUGUUUGUAUCAACAUUACCAUAUCGUGUUGAACUUGAUUCUCAAUGGUCAUUUGAUGAAGUAGUUAAAUAUGUACAAGAAAAAUGUUUAUUAACUCUUCAACAUUCUCAUUAUCCAUUACAACAUAUUCUUAGUGAUUUCCAUCUCACUCAAUCGAAUGUAUCAUUGCUUGAAACAAUGUUUGAUUUUAUUACUGUAUCAAAAGAAGUUAAUGAUUUAUGUUUGAAUGGUGUCGACUUACAAAAAGUGUCGUUAAAUGAAUCAUAUGUUAUGGCUCAAUUUGACUUCUCAUUGAACUUUAUAUACAAUCCAUCAUCAAAUGAUAAUCGAUUAUCUUGUUCUUUUGUUUGUUCAAGUGAUUUAUUUGAUGAAAGAACAACUUUAACCUUAACUCAAAGAUUUACAUAUCUUUGUGAACAAAUCUUUUCAUCAACCUCCAUGGAAAACCCCGAAGAUGCAUGUUCAACAACUAUAUCACGACUUAGUAUUAUUUUAUCAAGUGAAAUGAAAGAGAUGCAAGAUUUUGUAUUUUGCCAACAAACAAAUAUUAAAAACCGAGGUAGGUUUUUCGUAUCAUCUAGAAUUUUGUUGAUGGAUAUCUUACGCGAAGUACAUAUGUUUUACAAAAGCAUGAAUUGUUUUUACUACAAGUAUUUAUCUGCAAAAUACUGUAAAUAUCGAAAGUCUGAUAGUCAUCUGGUACUCAGAGUUUACUAAUGUCUUAUGUCUUGGAUUAUAUUCAUAUAAUCUUCCAGAGAACAUUCUUUUUGUUAAGUUAAUAUAUGAUGAGUAGAUGACUUUUAAUACAACAAAAUAUCGAAUAAUAUAUUGAAGAAACAAAAACUCGUUUUUGCGAUCUGAUAGUAUUCUUAGAUUUGCUAUUAUGACCUAGGUUUUAUUAAGAGACUUAUAAAUUAGAAAUGAAUCUUGAUUCUUAUUCGAAUAUUUACUGUUUUAUCUUUAAAUCCGAUACAUCUAGAGUUAGUUGGGAAGGCGAUAGUUUGUAAUAAUGUCAAGUGUCAUAUUGCUAAGUCUCAAUAACAUAGUUAUAAACACUCAUCAUCAGUUUCUUGUUAUCCUGAUAAAUUGAGUUUUGAUGAUCAGUAGGGUUCAUGUAAAUAUUAAUUACAAAACAGAUGAGUCUUAACAGUUCCGUAUGUAAUUUUCAAAUGAUAAAACAUCUAGGUAUAGUUGUAGAUGUUUUUAAAAUGCAUAUAACAAUGGUGGAUUUAGUAGACUUGCAUUGGUUGCGUCCAAGGGAGAAAAAGUCAGUCUUCAUCUACGUUCAAAUUUUUUGAAGUACAAGGUGAGUACGACAGGACUACAAGCGAAGUGUCAGGGAACACUGUAAAAAACACACAAUAAUAAGCCUUUAAAACGUUUAUGAAAGUGCAACGUAUAACAAACUCUUUUCUACCAUUUUCUAAGUGAUCAGAAACCGUUUUCUAAUCUCUCUGAAAGCAAAUAUUAAAGGAUUCAUCAACUUAUAACAAAAAUACUCCCAUACUUAAGUGUUAAUUAAUCAUAUUUUAUGUAACUCUUUACAUUUAAUAAUUAAAAUGCAAGUUUUAUGAAAUAUUCUUUUAACAUAGUAUCAACUUUACUUGAUUGUAAUACUGUCAAAAAGUUCAAUACUUCUUUAAAAACAACAUAAAGAACGUUAAAAGAUUUAUAAAAACUACAUAGCUAAGAGUAGCAAGAAAAUAUUUUUUUUUAAAAAUGUAAUAGAAGAUCAUUAUUGUAGUUUGUGGUUGAUAAGGCAGAUUAGAAGAACCGAGUUCUUCGAACGCAUCGCUGGCUCUACUAAAAAGUGGUUGUAUUCGAAGUUGUGAUAUUUAUUCAGUGUAAAAGAAAAUAGAGAUCAAGCCUUCCGCUACUAAAAACGGCUAUUCUCUUACUUUUUAUUGUAAAUACUGGAUCGAAUUUGAAAAAAAUGGUAGUUUCUUUCUUCUUAUUCAAUGUCACUUGAAAUGAUGAAACAUAUGUUAUAAUCAAAGUCGAAAUGAAAGAAAUCAUUCACCAAAAUGAAAUUGAAAAAUUCUAAACCGAAGUCAGUUUUAUUCAGUUUCAUACGAUCCAAAUUCUAAGAAGAAAGAUAGUCAAUUUAAAACAUUAUUUAAAAUCUAGUUUGUUAAGCAAAAGUUUUGAAAAAGUUCUCUAAGAUGUUCUCCUCCAGUAGUAGGAAAAUAAUGCGGAAAGAGAACCUUUAAUCAAAUAUCUAUCUCCACAGAAAAAGGCCUCAUCUUCUGUCAUUGUAUCUUUUGUGAGCCCGAUAGCAAAAAAACUAUGAUUUCGGUAGCUCAAAACAGGCCCCAUGAUAGGUCCGCAAGAAAUAUCGAUAGAUUGGCUCCAUUAUAAAGGACUCGAAAAAAGAAAUAACAGAAAAAUAUGCAGUAAAAUUAAUCAUUCUUUCUCUAUGAAUAAGUUCAUGUCAUACGAGCAAGGUAGUAAACAACCAUUUCGGAAAAUGUUUUACCGUUCGGUAGGCGUAAUACUGCCAUAAUAUGUCGCUGUGUAAUAAGCGACCGAAUACUCGAUUUUUAAAUGGUUUUACGGUCAUUCUUAACUGUGCACAGAGCGAUAAUAUAUGGUCGUUAUACUGCAUCUAUCAAAUGUCAAUCUACGGCUAUUUACGACUAUAAACUGUAUAAAGCGACGAUAUACGUUAGCAUCUUUAACACUUAUAGUGAAUGUGAUCAUUAUCCUGGAAAUAUUUUACACCUAUUUUCAGAUGAAUCUCAAUAAUUGUUCGUCAAAAAACGUCCAAGACAACAUAAUAAUGCUAAUAGAAAGGCUCUAUAUUCGUAAGGCAAGAAAAAUAAGCACAACGUCAUGAUAUUCUUAACGAAUCAAAAAAGUACAAACGCUGUGAUGCUUAUGUUUUUUUAUCAACAUUUACAUAAAACUAUUGUAUAAUCCUACUCACGCACUUAAAAAGUCCCAGAUUGAGAUUUUUCUGUCGAAUCCUAUGAAAGUUAACAAUAUCCACCGAUUUUUCAAGUAAAAAUGGAUAGAUUCGAUGAUAGACCUUUAUCCUUGGCAGUGUUAAAAUAGUUUUUUCUAUUGCUAAUACAAAUUACUGAGCCGGCACCCUUAUUACGGAUUCUGUUCCAUUAAAAAAGCAAUUACAUGAAAACUGACUAGAGUAUUGAUAUGAAACAUCAUUUGAGCACCCAAAUUUUACAUUAUAAUCCACGAAACUCUCAUUAUUCUAGCACCAGCAUCAUUUGCACAAGCUCGUAUUUG